AUGGAAGAACAUGGGAAGAGAAUUGGAGGGGUAAGCCACUGAUUAACACCACAGAGCCAGCGAACGUUAAAAAGGUCGCUGCUCUCUUUGUUAAUGAUUAUGGAAAAGAUCCAGAGAGAGCCAAAGCUCAGAGUCCGUUCUUUGGACCGAGUAUCUUUUCCGAUGGACAUAUUUGGAAGGAAGCUAGAGGGCUGGUUAAACCUAUCUUUGCAAUGGCUGAGAUAUCAGAUAUGGAGCAUUUGGCAUCAUUCAUGGAUCGUUUUAUGGACCUCCUCCCGAAUGAUGAAAGUAUGGUUGAUGUUCAACCUUUGCUUCAUCGAUUGGUGAGUAUAAUUUUCAAUUGCACUCUGAUAAGGGGCACUAAUAGUACAAAUUCAGUUCCUUGACGUUUCGAUGAAUUUCAUAUUCGGAAAGUCACUGAAUUCACUCGAACCCGAGGUUCCAAAAGAGGGCACAGAAUUUACCCAAGCAUUCAAUGAAGCCUAAAAGUGGGUGACCAAACGCAGAGAGGCAGGAUGGUUGCAGUUCUGACUCCAUCAAUAUAAAGAAAACAAGGAGUGGAAGAAUACCUAUACCACAGUACAAAAAUUUGUCGAUUAACAAGUAGCUCGAGCACUUCAACAAACCACGAAUGCAAAACCCGAACCAGAUUUUCCAGCGGUACGAAGGCGUUAUGUUCUCCUCGACGAAAUGGCGAAGCACAUCCGCGAUCCCAUCAAACCAAGAUAUCAUGUUCUUGGCGUGUUCAAUCCUGCUCGAGACACGAUCUCGAUCGCCGUUGGCAACACUCUUUUCCAGCUGGCCAGACAUCCUCAUAUAUGGACGAAACUUCGCAAAACUUCUUUGGAGAUUGAUGAACCAUUGACCUUCGAAAAGCUUAAAUCUCUGGUGGAUUUAGAUAUGUCAUACAAGAAACUUUUCGUGUAUGUGGGACCGCAGCACUGGUAUAGCGUAUAG